AAACAAUCGGUCACUGGCUGUCGAUGAUAAACAAUCGAAGACUUUGAAAUGACCGCGGGCCUACGUGCAGUUUUGCACGUACCUCGUUUAUAAUUAACACUGCGGUUCUUCCCUUGAACCAGGAAGAGCCCGCUUGUGACGUAGUAACAUUUGCCGGAUCAGAAUGCUGGCCGCUGAAAAAACCACCGCCACGCGCUUUCGCUCUCCAAACGGAUAGGAACAGUAUCACCGGCUAACGGACUCGUUGAAUUUGCGUCGAAGCGUUUGUAGCAACUCCGUACUUGUUCGCGCUACUUGGAAGAAACGGCCAGAGGAAGCUAGCGUGAUCACUUCUGGCGGCCUUUUUUUCUGGAAAAUAUUUUAGUCAAAGCAAAACAUAACUAUGGGACACGGAAUUGGAGGCAAAGGGAUUCUGGCAAGACUCGGGAGAGCCAAUUAUGAGCUGACACCGCUAGUCGUCAUCACUGGGACUGUCAUGGUCCUAGCAACAAGCUUCAGCAUGUUCAGCAUCUUGAAGAAGACCGACGUAGCGUUGUUCAAGAGAUCCAAUCCAAGACCGUGGGAGAGGGUCAACCCAGCAGAGCCACAAAAGCUUCUGACGUUAAACCAGGAAUACAAAGUCGACCCAGCCAUCGAGAAGCUCAAAAGAGAAGUUGGUUCGGCUAAGUAGAUUAUUGAUUUAUAUUAGGUUCUAGACUUUAUGCACCCGAAUUUCUUUCAAAGUCUAUCAAACAUUCGAGCUAAAAAUAGGCUGGAAAUUUUUGUAUUUUGUUCGGGCACUGGGUUCGAAGUGGCACACAAUACUUACUUAGUAGGUCUGCAUGUACACUUUGUGGUCUUGCGGGAGCAGUGUUUUAAAGGCUUGAAUAUGGAGCUAUAACAAACUGUGAUAUCACACGGCAAUAUUCCUGUUUCACGCUGGUACCAUGCACCAGUUUGCAGAGGGAGUGGCCUCAAACGGAUAAGCUGGCAACCUAGCGAUUAGGCCUAUUACGAGUAUAAAACGGGGAACCAGCUGGCUCUGUGCAUAUUCAUUAUAGCCAGUAUACCCGUUGGCCCGUAUUGCAUGCAUUGCAAAAAUGAUGAUAAGACGAAUAGGCCGUCAUAAUGCCAACCACUUAAUACCUAAACGCAGUGUCAGACAACAGAAACAGUACAGAAAAGUGAAGAAUGUUUAUCAAAAGCACAUUGCAGUAAAGAUGAAUGAAUGUAGCAGAAUGAAGUGCGCAGUAAGUAGAUAUGAAAUGCGAACGGUGUAGGCCAUAAUGAAAGACCAGUUAAAAGCAGAUUUAAUAUCGGUAAAUACACAGAAGACUAAGCCCUAGCUUCUUGCUUGUAAAAACUGAAAUGUAUCAAUUGCUUUGCAUUUGUGAGAUUAUAUCAUACUGUAUCUUAUAUUGUCAUAUACUCGUAUGCAAUAUAUUCCUCUGGGAAACAGGCCGAUAGAUUUAUUUUUCAAUCUAUAAACGUCUGUUAGUAUAAUGUCUAUUACGGUUUCAUGGGUUAUGAAUGUUAAUAAUAAUUGUGCACACUGAAAUAAUGGACAUGAUAUAAUAUGAACACUCUUAAUUACGUAAUUAUACUGAUGUCUAUGGACGACUGAAAUAAUAACAAAGUGUCAUUGGUGCCAGUUCCCAGUGCCUGGUUCCCACUUUGCAUCAUGUGACUUCUACAUAUGUUCCUUUAUUGAAAAAAAUAUGCAGUCGGUUUCAAAAUGGUGCUAUAGGGAGGACUCUCGACCAAAUGUUAAUGGAUUCGCAUCGGAAAAAAAAAACCACUUGAGAUUUUUCUUCCCAGAGUCACUGUAAUAAUAAGCAUGAUCUGAGUCCUUGUCGGAAAGAGGAUAUCUUGGCUUAUUUACUUUUGUGGCUGCCGUAAACCUGUAAUGAAUCUUAGAAGUUGUUUGGCUGCAAUAAAGAGAAAAAAAUGAGUGUAUCUCAACCGAGUGACACUAGUGAUGCACUCACUGGAUACAUCGCAUUGACAGAUUUACAUUAUAUUGCACCAGAACAGAAGUGAGCAUUAAAAUGCGGAUUUAGUUCAUUGAGCCUGGUGAAGCCAUUUUGAAAAAUAUCAACCCUGUCGAUUUAACGGAUAGGCCUACACCCCAUCCACAACAAAGUGGAUGUUCACCAUGUUACCCUACAACCCAAGAUACCGUUGGUCGUAUGUGUCAAAGUGCCGUGGUUGAAGAUAUUUGUAUGCAGUGAUUAUUUUACUGAUUAAUGCGAGUAGGCUUGUACUGUAAUAUAAUUAAGUAUAUAGUGGCAAUGUUAAGAUAAUAUAUUCAGAUUAUAUAUUUGCAAUUGUACUAAUCGUUUUAAUUGUGAAUGAAGUGUGAACGAGUGUUCGUGCCGAUGAAUUUGCUCCAACCAUGGAACUACUAAAUGGCUCCACGAUCGAAAUGAUGAA